AUGUGCGCGGCGGAUGCUGAGGACGAUCGUAACAUCAUUACGACGGUUACCCGGCACUGGGUUCCUGAAUUCCCUCGCAUAUACGGCCAAGAAAUCGUAACCUAUGAGGAUGGCCUGUGGGGACCGCAGGAGUAUACGCGCUGGCCUCAGCUAUUCAGCGAGCGGUGCAUCCACCACGCGUGCAUCCCGCUGCGUAUGUCGAGUUAUUCCCCUGGGUUGCAGGUCUACGAAGGCUUCGGUUUCAUGGCUUGGGAGCAAUCAAUGACGUCUGGCGUUAGUGGGUUUGGAUUCCUCAGGCAGUCGUUACUCAAGGAACUGUAUGAAACGGCGUGUCGCGUACUGGUCAAAUAUGAUGAAGCCGAACGGACAGCGCGCAAAAAUGAUAACUUCGCGCCCGGUGCUACCUCCGGUGUCGAUCGGCGACUCGGGAGAAUGCUCAGCUUACUCCUGAGGAACGCUAUUGAUCGCCUCAGGUUAGUGCCUACGACUGAGCAGCAUGCCCUCGUCGCCGGGCAGAUGGCGAACCGGCUCAUCCUGGAACUCUCAGGAUUGACGGUGUACUACAGCGUGGUUGUGCCUCGCAUCGCUAGUACCCGGUCAUACGAUCACUCCGUCCUCGACGUCCUAGGAGCGUUCGUCCGCAACGCAGCGACCGCCCAGCUUUGCUAUCGAAUCGGCCUCCCUUACUGGUACAUUCAGCCCUGGUCUCCCGAUAUCACCAUUCAUAGGGUCGUCACGCCCCGACUAUGGUCGUCGGAGCUCAGCAAGCAAGCUGCAUAUCCGCGCAUUCCGAAGGCGUGGUAUGAUCCCGACGGGACCCAUCAGGACCCAGGGCGAUGGACCCACCCAUCGGUGGUCUUCGUAUGCAAUUCGCUUUGCUCAUCGGCGUUGCCGCGAUUGCAGCCAGUCGUUCGACCCGAGGGUGCCGAGAACGAGACAAAGCGGUUCAAGGGCACUGACGCAUCCACCUCACUGGUGCCUGCCCCUAAACAGACAACGCAACAUACUCGCAACUCCAAGAAAAGGGGCAAUCGCUCGCGCGGUCACCGUGCCGGGGCCAAGUCCCAUGAGACACAUCCGGCCACGACGUACGAAUCGCCUCCGGACGAUCUCGUCGCGGUCGCGCCGAAUUGGCAUGCCGCUCUGGCUAAAGCGUCUCCUCAGCCACAUCCUCCUCCCACUGCAUCGCUCUACUACUUCCCCCCGCCCUUUCUCAUCGCCAACGCCAAAACCAAUCAGGCGCGCUACAUCCACAACUUCGCGCGCAUCCGUCACUUCUGCAAGCUCCGCCUAGUGGACGCUUCGAUCAAUGGUGCUCCUCUACGUAUCUCGGAGUGGCGACAUGCCGUGUAUGGCGAUUACCGCCUAGAGGAAGGCGUAGACGAUGUUUCUUCGAGCAGGGAGCCCGGCGAGGUAGUGAGCAAGGAACCAACAAUACACCAGCAGCGCCGUGAUGCUGUUCGGGGACUAUUUGGGAAGUGCGGUGGACUCUCAUCAUACCAGGACACGGAGGUCUACCCAUAUCGUGGAACGGAGGUUACCUUGCAAGUGGCCACUGUCGACAAACAUGUGCAUGCCAUGGUCCUUUGGGAAUUGUACGAAACGAACUGGCGCUGCGAACUUCGGGCCCUCGAUGCUCUCGUAGUCGAUCACAACACCGAUGCUUUCCGGAAAUGGGAGCGCGAGCAGCUCGUCACGGAGGUAUGGCGUACGUCUGAUUUGCAGACCGCCUUUUCGGCCCUCGACAUCUCCUCGCGUACGUUCUCCUGGACGCCCGCGGGCGAAAAGGGAUGGGAGCGCCGCCGGGAUAAUUUGUGGGCGUUUCUGAAUGUCCUGAGAGCAUGGCCGGCAUGCCCAGAAGCACUGCGCGUCAACACCGAGGACAUCCGAAAGUGUGACGACGUAGUAACUUUCAAUACUGUAGAAUCGUGCGCUCUCCGCUUCUAUGUCGACACGUUUAUCACCAAAUUCCAUCGUCUGCCCUGUCCCCCGGUGCACCUUGUUCAUCGAGUGGCGUAG